GCCGGAAGCGACUGUUUAUUGCUGAGGAGAAGCGGAGUGGAUACUAGUAACUGAUACUGUGGCACGGAGCUGCUGGAAGCCCGCGACUGAUCUCUUUUGUUGUGUCUGUGAGGGCAAUAUCAACAAUUUGUUCUGCUGCAAUGGGUGAACCUCAGCAAGUGAGUGCCCUCCCUCCACCUCCAAUGCAAUAUAUUAAAGAAUAUACUGAUGAAAAUAUUCGGAAAGGUAUAGCUCCUAAGCCUCCACCACCUAUUAAAGAUAGCUAUAUGAUGUUUGGAAAUCAGUUCCAGUGUGAUGAUCUAAUUAUCCGACCCUUAGAAAGCCAGGGUAUUGAAAGAUUGCAUCCCAUGCAAUUUGAUCAUAAAAAGGAAUUAAGGAAACUCAACAUGUCUAUCCUGAUCAACUUCUUAGAUCUCUUGGAUAUAUUAAUAAGAAGCCCAGGCAGCAUAAAAAGAGAAGAGAAACUGGAAGAUUUAAAACUGCUAUUUGUUCAUGUGCAUCACCUUAUAAAUGAAUAUCGACCUCACCAAGCAAGAGAGACUUUAAGAGUCAUGAUGGAAGUGCAGAAACGUCAGCGUUUAGAAACUGCAGAGAGAUUUCAGAAACAUCUAGAACGAGUUGUAGAAAUGAUUCAGAAUUGCUUGGCUUCUCUGCCAGAAGAUUUACCUCAUUCAGAUGGAGGAAUGAGAAUAAAAGCUGAACCAAUGGACACUGAAGACAGCAUAAACUGUAUUGGAUCGAAUGAACAGCAAAGAACAAUCUCUAGCGUAAAAAAAGAUCAGGUUUUGGAUAAAGAUGCUAACAUGUGUAGCAUUAUUGAUGAAAUGACAUGAAAAAGCUUUGGAUUUGGGAUUUUCAGGGAACAUGCAACUGAUGCCAAGGAAUUAGAAUAUGAUGUUUCUUUUCCUUUUGCUAUGACUAUUUAAACAGUAAUGGAACACAGUGUAUAAAUCAGUAAAUAUUGAUAAUUUAUUUGUUUAGCUUUUGCAUGUAUAUACUUGACUUUAAAGUACAUCAGUCUUACUGAUAACUUUACCCAUUAUACUAAUUAUACAUAUCAGUAUCCAAAUUUUGCUGAUGGUCAUUAUUGAAAUAUGGAGGUACUUUAAGGAAUUUAAAUACAUGUGAUGAUUCCUUGUUUAGGUUAAAUUAAAUUAAUCAUGUAUACAAAGUGAAAGUUAAAACAAUAAAUAUUUUUGUUCUUGUUA